AUGGAUCCAUACAAUUUGAUCCAAGAGCAACUGGCUACAAUUAAUAGUAACCUCAACAGUUCACUGGGGAAAAUCCAUGAAGAAGUUGUUGGUCUUGCUAAACGAGUUGAAUCCCUUGAAAACAAUGUCAGAGACCGUGAUCAUGGAUUAACAAAUAAAUUUGAUCAAAUUGAACAAAAUCUUUUAAUUUUACCAAAAAUUUAUAAUAAUCAAGUUAGUCUUAUUGAAACUCAACUAUUUGGUUAUCAAUAUCAACUCAAAAGAUUCUCAAAUAUCAUUAGUAAAGAUACUGAAAAUCCACCUUUUGCUAAUGUUAGUUUAAAUACUUCAAGUGCGGUUUCUACAGCAACAGGAGGUAAUAGUAAUAAUAACAAUAUUUCAACCAAUUCAAUCAAUUCUAAUUCAAGUGCUAGUCAACAACAACAUCAACAACAUCAAAGAGUUGCUCAACAACAACAAGCUGCUGCUGCUCAACAACAGGCUCAACACCAAGCUCAACAGGCUCAACAACAAGCUCAACAAGCUCAUCAACAAGCACAACAACAAGCUCAUCAACAAGCUCAUCAACAAGUUCAACAACAUCAAGCUGUUGCAGCUGUUCAACAACAACAAUCUCAAUUAGCUAAUGCUGCUAAUAUCUUAAAUCCUCAAAAUGGUGGUAUUAGUUCCCAAAAUCGAGUUAAUAGUCCAGUUCCAUUAAAUCAACAAAGUCGUAUUAAUCAAGCUAAUCGAGUUAAUCAAACUAAUCCAGGUGUUAAUAUUCCAUUAACAAGAGGUGUUCCAUCAAAUAAUAAUUCUAUACCACAAAGAAGAGCUACAACUACAGCAGCUGGUAGAAAUUUUAUGAAUGUUUCAUUAGAUCAUGGACUUUCAAGUAAUGUUAUGACACCACAAAGAUCUCAAUCAACAGUUGGUACCACGGAUGCUGUUGAUGUUUUAAGUGGUGGACCUGGGAAUGAUUCAAUUCAACCAGAUGAUGAUGAUGAUGAAGAUGGAUUAAUUAAUGAUUCUGGUUUCCAUAAAUUAAAUCCAAAUCCAAAAUCUGUUCAAGAAGUUUUAGAUGAAUAUUAUUAUGGUUACCAGGGACAAACUUCAUUAAAAUAUUUAGAAGAAAAUCAAAAAAGAUGGAGAAAGGGGAAUAAAAAUUUAUCAAAAACUUUUUCAAGAAGAUUUAGAGUUGUUACUGCUGUUGAAAUUGGUACACAUCUUUAUUUAAAUGAAAUGGGUGGUAAUGAAAAUUUAGCAAAAGAACGUGUUAUUAAUGAAUUAGAAAGUUUAAGAGAUAGAGAUAAUGGUGGUAGAGAAACUAUGUAUUGGUUAUUUCAUCAUAUUCCAGAACAUUUAAAGAAGAAACGUUAA